CUGGGAAUGCUGCAGCUCUGCGCAGCUCUGUGCAGCUCUGUGCAGUCUACCAGAGACUGAACAGCAAACUACCAAACGACCACAGGCUACUUGGCUAAUCAGGUGCUAAUAAGUCCGCUAACUUGCAGGCAAAGGCAGCAUUGUACCUUAAAGUCUAUUGGGGGCGACGUUAUAAUGGCUGUAGCCCCAAAACGGAAAAGGGUAGCAACAGUUGAAUGAAGUAGCAGGUCGUUUGUUUGUGUUGUUGUUUUUUUUUAUUAUUUAAUUAGCUAGGUCUAAGCUAACGCGGAAGGCACCCCCACCUCCUCCUCCUCCUCCUCCUCCUCCUCAACCACUCACACACACACAUAGUAAUCAAUGGUUAGCAUAACGUAACGGAGAUAGUCUUUAUUUUAUUUCUUCCUCCAGUAAAGGAUGUCGAAACGCCUGCGAAACACUGAGCUCUGCGCCGACUGCAAUGUUCCCGAGCCUCGCUGGGCCUCGGUGAACAGGGGGGUGUUGAUUUGCGAUGAGUGCUGCAGCGUUCAUCGGAGUCUGGGCAGACACAGCUCACAAGUCCGCCACCUGACGCACACACCGUGGCCUCCCACGCAGCUGCAGAUGGUUCAGACAUUAUACAGCAAUGGUGCAAAUUCAAUAUGGGAGCACUCUCUUCUGGACCCUGCAUCUGUGCUGAGUGGAAAACGCAAGGCCAACCCUCAGGACAAACUGCACCCGAACAAAUCAGAGUUUAUCAGAGCCAAAUAUCAAAUGCUGGCAUUUGUCCAUCGCAUGCCUUGCCGGGAGGAUGACAGCUCAACAGCCAAGGAUUUAAGUAAGCAACUUCACUCAAGUGUACGGACCGGGAAUCUCGAGACUUGUCUGAGGUUGCUAUCCCUGGGAGCACAAGCAAAUUUUUUUCACCCCGAAAAAGGAAACACUCCGUUGCAUGUAGCUGCAAAGGCAGGGCAAGUAUCUCAGGCUGAACUAUUAACGGUUUAUGGGGCAGAUCCCGGAGCCCCCGACAGCAAUGGCAAAACUCCCAUUGACUAUGCAAGGGAAGCUGGCCACCAUGACCUGGCCGACAGAUUGGUGGAGGUUCAGUACGAACUAACUGAUCGCCUGGCGUUCUACCUGUGUGGGAGAAAGCCAGAUCAUAAAAACGGUCAGCACUUCAUUGUUCCACAGAUGGCUGACAGCAGUUUAGAUUUGUCAGAACUGGCCAAGGCAGCAAAGAAGAAACUGCAGUCUCUCAGUAACCAUUUAUUCGAGGAGCUCGCCAUGGAUGUGUAUGAUGAGGUGGACCGGCGAGAGACUGAUGCAGUGUGGUUGGCUACACAGAAUCACAGCACGCUGGUGACAGAGACGACUGUGGUGCCUUUCCUUCCUGUGAAUCCAGAGUAUUCAUCAACACGAAACCAGGGGCGCCAGAAGCUCGCAAGAUUCAAUGCACAUGAAUUUGCAACUCUUGUGAUCGACAUAUUAAGUGAUGCAAAGCGCAGACAACAAGGGAAUUCAAUAGUCAGCCCCAAAGACAAUGUUGAAUUUAUCCUGAAGAGUGUUAGGCAUUGUAGUGAUAGCCAGGACAAUGACCAGCCUGACUACGAUAGCGUGGCGUCUGAUGAGGAUACAGAUCAAGAGCUCCCCUCGAGCAAAGGAGAUAGGACCAAGAGCCUGGACUCGGACCUCUCAGACGGCCCCAUCACUAUGCACGAAUACAUGGAGGUGAAAAACGCACUCUCUGCCUCUGAAGCCAAGGUCCAGCACCUCAUGAAAGCCAACAACAACCUGAGUGAUGAGCUGAGGCUGAUGCAGAAAAAGCUACAAUCUCUGCAAAGCGAGAACAUCUCUCUCAGGCGGCAGGUCACAACCAAUAUCUAUCAGAUCCCCAGCGGUUCAGACUACCCCGACCCCUCCAGCCCCUCAGCCCUGAAACGCCGGCAGUCUGCGCGGGCCAGUCGGCCCAUGUCUAUGUAUGAGACCGGCUCAGGCCUGAAGCCCUAUCUCCCUAAAGGGGAAUCUCCCUACCCAGAGGAGGGUAUCCCCACCCUGCAACCCUUCCCACCUCAUACGGAAAGGGGCGCUUUUGUGACCACCUCUUCAUCCCUCCCCUCAUUUCCAUCCACCCUGUCUUGGUCGAAGGACGAAAGUGCUCAAAAGGCCACGAAAUUAGAGAAGCAAAGCAGCAUGCCGGAAAGUGACUAUGACAACACAUUCAAUGACUCUGAGAUGGAUGAUUCAGGUUUGUGCAGGAGAGGGAGGCUGAGGAGCAGCGGCUGGCUGGGGGAGGGCAGCUCUAUCCCUGAGCUGGAUGAUCUGGAAAUGGAGCCAGACCCCACACUUCCCAGCACAGAGGACGUCAUCCGCAAAACCGAGCAGAUCACCAAGAAUAUCCAAGAGCUGCUGCGAGCUGCUCAAGAGAACAAACAUGACAGACCAUGUGAACGCGAAGGUGUGCGUCGGCUCAGGCACAGCCUGGGAUGCUUCAGCACACUGGUGCCCUGGGCCGAGAAGGCCCCCCCUUCCCUUCAGCCGCUCAGCCUGCGGUCCCCUGACCCCACCUCCUGCUUCAUACCCUGCUCAGAAAGAAUACAUGUGGCUGUAACAGAAAUGGCUGCCCUCUUUCCAAAGAAGCCGCGCUCAGAGACUGUGAGAGGCUCGCUGCGCCUGUUGACCUCCAGCGCAUACCGGCUUCAGAGCGAGUGCAGGAAGGCGGUGCCUUCAGAGGGCUGCCCGGGACCGGACAUGCAGCUGGUCACCCAGCAGGUCAUCCAAUGUGCUUAUGACAUUGCCAAGGCAGCCAAGCAGCUUGUCACCAUCACCACAAAGGAGAAUACCAACUAACAGCACUUACAAGGCUGCAAAGCCGUCAGCAUCUCAGUUUUGUUCUUAUAUAUAUUUUUAAUGAUUCUGUUGGGGUUUUUUUUGUAAUUGUGGUAUAUGCAUGCAUUUGUUUUUUUAAUUUAUGUAUGAAUAUUGAUGAUAUUUAAAGCCAGCUCUGCAAAAUCUGAGCAUUAAGGGAAAAAGUCAACAACUCAACUUAGGGAAAUGCAGCUGUUGUAAUAGCACAAUUGCUCUUGAGGUAAAAAAACAAAAAACAAACAACAAAUCAUGUGGCAGCAACUAGCAGGCCUGGGAACUGUAAUGUUUCUACAAUUACUCUUCAACAAUUAGAGUAAAACUUGCUCUUAGUUACAAUUUAUUUUCAAUCAGUCCGUAAUGUAAAUACCUUUUUAGCGAGAGAAAGAAUGAAGCACACUACAGUAAACCUACAUGAUGAUAUUGGUUAUUGUUAUCAGUCCAAAGACAGACACGCGGAUGCUGAAAAGCCAUAAAUGAGUCAUGAAUCCACUGUCAUUGAAUGCUAUCGCUAACACUCUUGUAGCUAAAGGAGCAUCCUCUCAUUAAUUGCACUGUGCAAGCAUCAUCAUACUGUAAACUUUUAAUCUCCAAAAAACAAAUUGACCAUUUAGUGAACUUCCAUUAAAUGUUGGGAACUUCAUUUAUGCACAAUUUGUAGCUCUGCGAUGCUAAUGUUUGUUGCAUCAAAAAAGCUAUUUAUAUGGUUUUGUCCCGCGUCCAAGUGUAAUCCAAUCUGCAGUGAACUUAUUGCAGCUAUUUAUGUAUGCCCAUUUGUCAAGUUAGUGAAUGCAAAUAACACUUGUUCAGGGGCCAAGUUAUAUUUUUCACCAGCACCAAGAUGUUGUUGUAUUAAGUUAAAAUCAUUCGGUGUGUUUCUAACAGGCUCCACACUGCAUUGUAUUCUGCGGUCUCGUGUGCCAUUGCAGUGUUGGUGAUGUUAUUCAGAGCUAAUAGCCAUAUUGUACAGUGUGUAUGUCCAAGUGUUUUUGUGCUCUGUUCCGUUGCUGCUAGUUUUGUAUUUAAUGUGCAACAUAUGGGAUAGAAGUCUAGACGUCUCCUGUAUAAUUGUGCAACUCAAUGUUCAUCCACACCAAGUGUUUCAGAGUUCACUGUCAUGUUGAAAUCUGAUCAAGGUAAUGUCCCUCUCUGUACUUGGAUGGAGUGCAGGGAUGUAUGUGAUGCAGCUGUUAAGUUGCACUUUGGAAAAAUAAUUAUUUUCUAAAUAAACUUAAUUUAUAACUAUA